AUGUUUGGGGGCAGCUGGACCGUCCUGCACCUGGCAGCAGCCGGGGGUCACGUGGCUGCGGCCAGCUGCCUCGUCGGCGCCGGCGCGGAGGUCGACGCCAGGGACAGCCUGGAUCAGGGCACGCCCCUGCACCGGGCUGCAAUGGGUGGCCACGCUGGUGUGGUGCGGCUGCUGGUCGGCGCCUCUGCUGACCUCAACGCCAGGGAUGGGGAGGGGCGGACGCCGCUGCACUGGGCGGCAGAGGGGGGCCACGCAGAGGCGGCGGCUGAGCUCCUCCUGGCGGGGGCGGACAGGGGGGCCCUGGAUGACGAAGGCUGGACCCCCCUGGACCUCGCCAGGGAGAGGGGAAAGCAGCAGCUGGUGGAUAUGCUGACACAACGCUGA